GAUCGUUUAUAAAGCAGCAUCUCCGGACUCAUCGCCUUUUGCUCCUAGCCACCCACCGCUCGGACCUGCUCGGAGCCCAGCCCAGAUUAGCAGCCAUGAGCCAUUCCGGCAGCAUCCGCGCCACUUCCUACCGCCGCACUUUCGGGCCGUCGGCCAUGCUGUCGCCGAUGCCCUACUCCUCCUCGUCCCGUCUGGCCUCGGCUUCGUCCGCCACGCGGUUUCUGAGCACGCCUUCCGCCGGAGCCUCCCUGCGCUCCUACCGCGGGAGCGGCGGCGGGGGCAGCGCCCUGUUCCUGCGCACCGGCGCGCCGGGGAUGGUGGCUGCGCCGCCUCACCGCUACGCCUACAGCUCCGAGAAGCUGGACUUCUCGGUGGCCGAUGCCCUGAACCAGGAGUUCCUGGCCACCCGCAGCAACGAGAAGCAGGAGCUGCAGGAGCUCAACGACCGCUUCGCCAGCUUCAUCGAGAAGGUGCGCUACUUGGAGACGCAGAACGCCGCCCUGCUGACCGAGCUGGGCCAGUCCCGCUCUAAGGAGCCCACCCGCGCCUCCGACCUCUUCCAGGACGAGCUCCGCGAGCUGCGCCGGCAGGUGGACUCGCUGGGCAAGGACCGAGACCGCCUGCAAGUCGAGAGGGACAACCUGGCCGAGGACUUGGCCGCCCUCAAGCAGAGGAUGGAUGAGGAAAUGCACAAGCGAGAAGAUGCUGAAAACAACCUGGUUCUCUUUCGCAAGGAUGUGGACGAUGCCACCCUUUCACGCCUGGAACUGGAGCGUAAGAUCGAGUCCCUCAUGGAUGAAAUUGAAUUCCUCAAGAAACUGCAUGAGGAGGAGCUGAACGACAUGCAAGUGAGCAUACAUAGCCAGCAGCAGGUGCAAGUGGAGGCGGAGCAGACUAAGCCGGAUCUGACCGCCGCCCUGAGAGAGAUCCGCACUCAGUAUGAAAGCAUUGCGGUCAAGAACCUGCAGGAGUCCGAGGAGUGGUACAAAUCCAAGUUUGCUGACCUGUCAGAUGCAGCCAAUCGGAAUCACGAGGCCCUUCGCCAGGCCAAACAGGAGAUGAACGAAUCUCGCCGUCAGAUCCAGAGCCUGACCUGUGAGGUGGAUGGACUCAAAGGAACAAAUGAAGCCCUGCUGAGACAGAUGCGAGAUCUUGAGGACCAAUAUGGAGCUGAGGUGGGCUCCUACCAAGAGACAGUGGGGCGGCUGGAGCAGGAGAUCCAGCACAUGAAGGAAGAGAUGGCUCGGCACCUCCGGGAGUACCAGGACCUGCUGAAUGUCAAGAUGGCUCUUGACAUUGAAAUUGCCACCUACCGCAAGCUGUUGGAAGGAGAGGAAAGUAGGAUUGCAGUGCCUGUCCAAUCCAUGGCAUCUUUCAGCAUCAGAACUGCAGUUUCAGAGCCGGAUCCAAGCGUAGAGAGCCAUACCCGGAAGACGGUGCUGAUCAAAACCAUUGAAACCCAGGAUGGAGAGGUGGUGACCGAAUCAAGGAAGGAGCAGAGAGCCGAGAUAGAGAAGUGAGGCUGGCCACGCCGGCAAGGUCCCCCGGGGCCACUGAGAGAGGCACUAAGCUCACCUCUUUGCAAAAGUCCCAGUCGCAGAUCCCCUCUUCCCUCACUAAGCCACACUGGCCUUAUUUACGAUGGUGAUGUUGAUGAUACCUCUUACCACUGGCAGCCUUCCCACAUUGUUCCGGGCUUCCUGAGCCAGCCCUCUGCCCUUCGGACCAUACCCUGUUCAAAGCCUGGUGGUAGUCCCAGCAAUAACCACCAAUGGUCUUGGGAGUGGAGAUGGCUUCCCCCUGCUCUUUUCUUCCACCGCCUCCUACCUCUUCGUAUCACAUUCCUUCUCAUCUCUCCCUGCAAAGAGCCCUUCUCCAACCAGUACCCCCAAAACCAAGCUGCCUUCCUGUAAAGUACCACUCACAAAGUCAGCCCACCCUAGGAACGAAUUUGCCAUGUAUGUUUAGAUUGAAUCUAAAGGCUGUGGCCUUCCAGCUGUUGUGGAAUUAAAACUCCCAGCCUCCUAAGUCAUACAGAGUGUUGCUGGGACUUGUAGUUUAGCAGUAACCGGAAGGCCCCAGGGUUCCCUAACCACUGCCAAACACUUAGAUGGCUGCAGGUUGGCAAGCUCUGACAACUUGCAAGGCCCACUAAGCACACCAACUUGGAAGCACCAAAGAAGGCCAGGAGCUUGCUCACAAUCUUGUUUUACUGCUCUUGUUGAAUCUAAACAGUCCUAUGUGCUGGCCACAGACACCUCUCAUGGUUUGCAAAGAUCUCCAAGAGAAUCAUGAUAGGAACUUGCUUUAUCCCAGGUGUGAUAGGCUUGGCUUCCCUAUCAGUUCUCACUUCUGUGAACUUACUUUGAGAAGGUGCAUAGUUAGCUUCAGGUCAUCGGUACUGAAAGGGAGAAUAGCACUGACCAACUUUAUAGGGCUAUUGUAAGGUUGACAAGGUAAUGCAACUAAAGCAUUUUAAACAUUAAAUGGUAACCAGUGUUAAUUUCCUCAGUUGUCAAGCCCCAAUCUGGUGGUCUCCAGAUGUGUUGACUCCAAUUCUCAUAAUUCCUAAGCAGCACGAUGCUGGCUGGGGUUGUGAGAGUUAAUUAAAUGCAUCAAGGGAGUGUAAGUGGAGAAAUACUACUUCAGAUCUUCUCAAACAAGCUCCCAAAUGAAGUCAUAUAAAACAGAUGAUUCAUUGCCUGUUAUUGUUUAAAGCAAAUUUUGUAAGGGAAUCUUAAAAAAAACAAAUCUCCAAAAUAAGCCUUUUUGACAGUUAGUGCGUUGUUUCCCACUACUGAAGGGUGCUAGUGGUAAUUUUAAGAAACUGAUCCAGUAGGUGUUUACUCAGAAGCCUCAAGCCUUUCUUAACUGUUUGACUUCCUUCCAUUCAAAUAUGAUGUUUACUUCACUUUUAAAAGUGAUGUCAACUUUGCUUUCUAAGACAGAAGUGAAGCUAGAAAGCUACCUUAACGCUUGAAAUUGUGAGUCAUGGGGAAGAGAACAUUUUCCUGUUCAGCUCUUCAAUGCUCCUCUAUCUGAUAAGCAACUUUUUUCUGCUCCCUUUCUGGGAAAAAGGACCAGGACAGGUUGAGAUCACCAUGGAAUUCCCCUUCAUCUGCACGGCAUAUAAUUAAGGUUUGUGCAGGCAAAGAAAGCAGAUGAGCAGCUCUAGAAAUCUGAAAAACAUCAAACAAUUGCCUUUAAUUCACAGGGUCAAACAAACUGCAGAACAAAAAAAAAAGUAAAAAAAAAAUGCCUACUUCCAGUGGUGCUGACUCAUGGCCUUAAUAAGCAGCGAUCCCAUCAUGCGUGAAAGGCAUCCAAGGCUCCCGUUUAGCAGAAGUGGUCACCAAGAACUCAGUGCAGCUCCUGAAUCCCUUGUCUAUGGUCUUGAGAACCCCAGGGACUGUGUGAAUGCAAUCUCAGUUGGAUUCCAAAUGGCCAAAAUGGGAGUGGUAUAUCUUCCAUUUGAUUUAAUAUAAACCCAAAUGACAAAAACACCUUAAAAGGCUAUAGUCCUACUUUACCUUCUGAUCCUAUUGUCAUAGGAUCAGAAAAAAGACUGGACAGUAUCUCUUCUUAAGAAGAACCUGGACAGUCACUUUUCUGAAAUAGCAUAGGAUCACCUGUUUGAUCAGGGGGCUGGACUAGAAGACCUCCAAGGUCCCUUCCAGCUCUGUUCUGAUUCUGAUUCUGAUCACAUCAUGUCCUUGUCUACUUAUUGCUCUCAGACUACUGCCUAUCUUUCCUUCAUGGCAUCUGUGGCUUCUCAUAAGACAGGGGUGUCCCAACCUUUUCUAUACCCCGCACCCCUAGAAUGCUUCUGAUAUAUUCUCGCACCCUUUACAAAAAUAAAUAAUUAUAUGCAUAUAAUUAUGCAUAUACACUAUAAUUUUGAAACUUCUAAACCCAAAUUUUCGCACCCCCUGGGAUAUCAUCUCAUGCACCCCACCCUGGUUGGGAACCCUUGUCAUAAGAGGUAGCACCAAAUCCAUCUUUCUUUUCUCAAAUCGACAUCUUCUUUCACACCUUGUCUUUUUUUCCAACAAUCUGAGGGCUCGUCUUUUCUUUCCUCUUAUCCUGCCUUGAUAUUCCAGAUGUCAUCUUUUCCGAUAAGAGUAUGGUAACCAUUGCAUUUCUGCUACUAACUCCAUUCUUGUCAUCCCUGAAGGUAGGCCAGGGCAGGAAGCAGAGCCCACCAAGACUACAGGAAUUACUGUUGAAGUUAUAUUAAUAGAUUCUUGAAAGACUGACAGAUUUUUUUAACUCUGCUUCUCUUGUCCCAAAGAGAAUCUACAUGGGCCUAAAUUUUCCCCCCCUCACCUUUCAUCUUUAAGUAAACAAGUUGAUCUUUACUCAACUAUUCUUGCUUUUCUUUUUCAAGUUUUAUUUUCAUAUUUCUGUACAUUCUGUAUCUUACUGGAAGAAAAAAAGCUACCAUGGAGGCUUUCUACCUUAAGGUACAGUCAGGAGUCAUCUUGAUAAGGAAGAAGUCUUUGUCUUCUCAUUUCUCCAGAUUUAUUCCAGAAAGAAGGAAACUUCAGGGAAAUGCUUCUCUGUGGACAUUUGGUUCAUCCCUCCAGUUCUCUCAGACCAAGAACCAGCCAACUUUUUAAUAGGUGGGGCUGAUACUUAUUUUUAUUUUAACUAAAGAACACAGAAUGGAGGGCAAUUAUAGAAUAGAGGAAGCUAAUUUUUGAAGGCGUUCUUUUGAAGUGCCAUCUUUGCUUGGUUUGAAUUGCUACGGUACCAAAUCAUACGGUACUGAGGGAAUCAUAAAAUGGUACUUGAGCUCCUUAUAAUCUACACAUGGACCGUAGGAUGGAGUGAUUAUAUUUGUCUUUGGAGAUAGGAAUUUCUGAAACCGAAAGUCUCACUUAACCUUGAUGACUUCUUCAGUGAGUUAGCAGCUGAAGUAGUCUCUAUGAUUAUACUUUCUCCUGUGAUUCCCCCCUCUCCCAUCACUGUUAUUUAUUCUUGAUUUCUUAAACCUCAUUAAUGGUCCAGUAGGGAUGUUGAUUCUUUCCUUGAAAAUCAGUAAAUGCUAGAGCUACGGAAAUUCUUGAAAUCUGGCUCUAUUAGAAGUUACUUUAAUAUCAGCUUUAAUUGCUUAGUUGAGGUUAGGUAACCUCUGCCACAUAGAAGCAUUUCAGAUCAUGAUUGCUUACAGUGGACAGCCCAGUUUCCCACCAUUUUGUUAUAUGAAAAGACCAGGGAAAUUAUCAGAAUAGGCAUAUUGGGGAAAGAAAAAAAAAAGAAUCCUCCCCUUUGCACCCAUGAUACAAAGGAGCAUUGAGUGCUGCCCCUUGGUGGCCAAAGGCGUAACUCACUUCUGAUAAGAACUAACUUAUCUGAUUCAAGACAGAUUUGAAACGCAGAGGAGUAGCACUAUCAGUAUUUAAGCUAUUUUCCACUUCUAUCUAUUGUGUUUGCUUGUGGUCCAUGUGCCUUGGUCUAUGUGUAGCUCUAUACUCUGGGUAAAGAACUCUUUACACCUGGUUGCAGAUGCUAUUUUGCAUGUCAAUAUCUUGACUGGUUAUUCCAGAUUACUUCAGACCAGAUCCCAAUCCACACCGCCUCCUCCUCUAUUUUCCCUUUCAGCCAGAGCCAAAAGUUGACUGGUAUACUAGAUCAGCUGGGCAUCCUUUCCCUGUUGCUUGUUGAGUUCUUUUGUUUUGCUGCUUCCUUCGGUGUCUUGAUAUCUUUGGAGUUGCCAGAUUUCCUUACAGAUGAAUAUACUAGUUUCUUAAAAUAUUGCUAAAACAACUGGGACCUGGCCCUCUUAAGGAGGGGAACAAGCAGAAGGUCAGAGAGCAGGGGAACACUUGCCUGGAAUCUCUUCUCUACUAGCUUUUUGAACCCUUGAAUGAGUUCUCAGUACUUAUGCACACGAUGAAAGCAGAAUACAUUAUGUUAAAUGGAAGUCAAUAUGGUACGAAUAAGGUUUUCAAAUACAAUAUUUCUCAUCUCUUAAAUCAUACUUCCGAAUCCACACAGUAAUUCUUACAAUAAUUCAUAUAAAAGAUAAUUUGCAAAAGGACUUGGAGCUUGUUAGAGAGAGUGUUGUAUAGCAGACCAAGUACCAAAAACUUAAAUGAGGACAUCAGUAAUGUAAGGUGGCCCAGAAGAGACAUUGUGAGGAAAUCCAUUUCCAGUUAGUUUCUUCUAUAAACUUGAACAUAGAAGUUCAUCUAAAGAAAGAGAUGCUUGUAGUUUUCAGUUGAGGUUCCUUAACCUGUGGCUCAUACAUACUAUGAGUGACAUUAGCCCAAAGGAUGUUUGUUAAUGCAUUUAAGGUUGUAGCUUUCCUAUUAAUUUCACCAUGACUGAGGCAUCAAAUGGAUAGUGAUAGCUCCAUCUUAGGGUUGCUAACUUCUAUUGAUCUUCAGUGGGUGCUUCUUACUAUUGUUUAAUAUGCAAAAAUUAAACUGCAGAAAGCUUAACUGGCAGCAGCUAUGUCUUAGAGUCAGCCAAUCAUAUUGAAUCAGACAACCUUAAUUUAAUUGCAAAAAAUACUGAGAUAGGUUAUUCACAAUUGAAAGGGGAAGCAAGCAGCUAGGAAUUAAGCAUCUUUCUUCCUGAAAAGAAUGUCCAAUUGAGCACCAAAAUUGUACAUAUGGAAAUAAGAUCAUAGCUUUUAUCCUCAGUCCGGUGAUUCCAAUUUUAAUACCUCUAUUAUUGUCUCAUUUUGUUUACAUUGCUUUGGGAACUUUUUCUGGCACAAUAAUCUCAUUAUUAUUUAUAACUUGAUUAGAAUAUUGUGAUAGUACUUUAAACCAUUUUACUUCAUCCUAUCCUGUCCUUUCUAUCACCCCAAAUCAUGGCUAAUCCUCUUAUAAACAUCUAUAUUAUUGAUGGUAAUUAUAUGUAUUUUCAUACAUCUUGCUCCUCCUCAUUUUUGAGCUACAGGCAAUAAAGUAUGUAGCUUUGUAAAAAAACUUAACAGAAGCUCACAAGUCUUCAAAAUAUUUGCCCAGUAAUAGGCUAUUGAGAUAGCUUUUCCUGUCGUCUUCUGUAUUACUCCAAAGGCUUUUAUUUCCAGUCUUUAAGAUCUUUUGUAACUUUUUUCUCUCUCAGAAGGACAAAGAAAAUUUGUAAUUUCUCUGUCCUUCUGUUGUUAAAAUCAGAAAUUGAACUGCAACCCUAUUACAGUAUUAUUCAAGUUUACUUGUACGAAUUAAAGGAAACUUUCAAGAUUGUUUCCCUGAUCCCAUUUUGCAACAAGUUCAGUAACAGCUUGCUUCAAAUAUGCUACCUGCUGCACCUUCAGGAUCAGUAAUUUCUAGCUGACUUAAGGCACAGAUGUCUCUGGUCGUAGACCUGCCCACUGCCAAAUCCAAUUUAAUGAUUCUGCGGGAAACUAGGACACUGCCUUUCUGGUUAUUUUAUCUUUUUACUUAUAUUUUUCCUUCCCUGUUGAGGAACAGUUUUAAAGUCUCAGUAGCUACAUUACUUCAAAGCAGGAAAAGAACAAGUUGAUGACACAGGAAGUACACAAUGUCAUGCUAUCUAAUGGACCCUUCCACCACCACCACAAGUCUGGAUCAUCAGCCUAUGUCCAGGCAGAACCUCUCUUUCAUUUCGCCCUUCCAACUUUUGCUUCUUGGUGUUUUAUUUUUUGUGAGUGUGUAAUUGAAACAACUUUAUUAUAUGCUAUCUACACGAAAUUAAAUUUUAGACCAUUAUUGAAGUUGGCUUUCGUUGUAAAAUACAAGAAAUUUUUCCCCAUGAGGACCACAGCAUUUCCCCCUUUUCCUAGCCAAACCAAUCCUACAAAUUAACUAAGAAAAUAAAGCAUCAUUUGAUAGUAAGCAAGAUGGCUUAAAACAUUGAGAAAACAGCAGCAUUGUUUCCUUGCACAGAUAGAUAAAUUUUGCCAGUUUUAAAACACUUAAGCUUGAAAGUGGCUAUUCCAUGGCUCAGGAUGGGUUCCAAGCCUGAGAUUUUUCUGGCAAGGCAGGAAUGGCAUUGAAACAGCUUCAACACACUUUGAUGUUGCCAUGUCUUACACAGCUUUACUUCUUGGCCUCCCAGUGUGCAUUUCCUUGUAGAGAGCAGCAUACAAUACUCAUUUCGGUACAGGGUGUAGGGGCCUAAAUAAUAUUUCCUGUGAUCGGUUCCUUAUAAAUGGCUCUGGCACAUUACAGAACUCCAGUUUGGAUUCCAAUAACUUUGCACCUUCUCCCCUUUAUCCCAAAAAUAAAUGAUAGGUUUUUGAAAAACUCCGGGCUUAUCCUUUAUGGGCUUUGGUACCAAUUUCCUGCUUUUGAUAGCUGUCAAUUUCCAUGUUCCUUGCAGAGCUAGACAGUAGAGAUUCCUGGUGCUAACUCUUCCCAUGCCAAUGGAUCUCUGCACCGCUCCUGCUAUGCUAUGCUAUGCUAUGCUAUGCUAUGCUAUGCUAAUCCAGUCGAUCCCAGUUCCUGCCCUUGGAUAUCCACAUCAACUGGCUCUCCAGCACACCUUUCCUUGCAAUUAGGCUUGCUUUAUUAAAUAUCUAGCUUGGGGAAAGAUGAUGUAGUUUGCCCAGGUAACAACUCAACCCAUUACAGUACAUAUUCUGGUGAAGAAGCAGGAUACAUGGAGAAGCAGGAUACAUGGAGGGGUGGCAGUCAUUCUGUUCCUGGUGCUUCCUGAUCUCUCCUGAAUAAUGUUGGUUUUGUGAUGCCCAUGGUCAAUGUGUGGAAUAGGCCACGUAUGCUUUGAACCAGCCAAUAAAUUUAAUGUGAAGAGUG